AAGAACUCUGACUCGCAACGUGCUUUUCUUCUGCAACAAGUUCAUAAUCUGAGUUCAGUUAUCAUAAAUCUCGGCAGAGUUUGCUUCACUUUUCACCUAAAACCUCACAUGGUUUGAUCUUAUAAAUACCGAUCGUACCACCUGAGACAUGCUCAAAACCAGAUCCAUAGCCUUAGUUUUCAUAGCUGAACUCAACGCGAUGAGCUCCACCAUUACCAUUCUUCUCCUCCUCGCACUCGUCCUCUGUUCUCCUGCUGACGCCGCGUUCAACAUCGCCGACUACGGCGCCAAGUCCGAUGGCCGGACGGACUCCUCCCAGGCUUUGCUCAGCGCGUGGCAGGCCGCCUGCGGCUCGACCGGCGCGGCCACUGUGUACGUGCCGUCGGGUUCAUUCUUGGUCCGGCGAGCCGAAUUCAGCGGCCCUUGCAAGAGCAACAAGAUCAAGUUUCAGAUUGACGGCACCCUCGUCGCGCCGUCUGGCUACGGCAACGCCGGCGAGUGGCUCUUGUUCGACCACGUGGAGGGCGUGACGGUGUACGGCGGCACCAUCGACGGCCGCGGGUCGUCCCUGUGGGCGUGCAAGGCCGCUGGCCACGGCUGCCCCGCCGGCGCCUACUCGCUGGUGUUUAGGAACUCGAGGGGCAUCACGAUCAGCGGAGUGACUUCGGUGAACAGCGAGCUGUACCACAUGGUGAUCGACAACUGCGAUGGCGCAACGAUCCAGGGCGUGAGGAUAACGGCGCCGGGAAACAGCCCCAACACCGACGGCAUCCACGUGCAGAUGUCGAGCCACGUGACCAUCACCGGAGCCGGCAUCAGAACCGGCGACGACUGCAUCUCCAUCGGGCCCGGCAGCACCAACCUCUGGAUCGAACAGGUCAACUGCGGCCCCGGCCACGGCAUAAGUAUCGGGAGUUUGGGGAAGGGGUACGAUGAGGCCGGAGUGGAGAACGUGACGGUGAAGACGGCGUUGUUCACCGGAACACAGAACGGGCUGAGGAUAAAGACGUGGGGGCGGCCGAGCGAGGCGUUCGUCAAGGGGGUGGUGUUCGAGCACGCGGUGAUGCAGAAUGUGCAGAACCCGAUCAUCAUCGACCAGAACUACUGCAACGGCAACAGAGGAUGCCCCCACCAGAGUUCGGGGGUGAAGAUCAGCGAGGUGACGUACAGCGACAUCCAUGGGUCGUCGGCGACGCAAGUGGCGGUGAAGUUGUUGUGCAGCCCGAGCAACCCGUGCACCGGAAUCGGGUUGCAGGACAUCAAGCUCACGUAUGGGAAUAUGCCGGCGGAGUCUUCGUGCGAGCACGCCGACGGUUCUGCUUCCGGCUACGUGGUGCCGCCGAGUUGCCUUUGAGAAUUAAACGGCGAUACGUAGAUAGUACUACUGAAAUGCGUACUAAGGUUGGAGGAGAUAGUUGAUAGAUGUAUGGUUUCAAGCUUUUUCGUGCAUGAUUCAGUAAUUUCUAUGGCA